AUGAUAAAAAAAGUGUGCACAGAACAAGAAAUUCUUAAUGGUCAACAUUUACCAGAGCGAGAUUGGAAUGAAGAAGCAGAAAAACAACAAACACAAGAUUAUGAGGAAAACUAUAAUGAUCAUGAAGUAAAACAAGAAAAUAUUGGCAGCAAUGAGAACGUUGUUGGUGACGAAGAGUAUGAUCAAGAUCCAUCGGACAAUGAAGAAGAUCAACAUAAUUAA